GACAGACAUCUAAACCACCCGACGACGACUUGCUCAAACCCAAGCCCAAGGCCAGCUCAGCAAACCAGCGACUCGCUUCCCCCCUUUCGCCUCCUCUCCCCUUCCUCCGCCGCGACUCCUCUGCCCCCUUUCACACCGCCCUCCUCCGAUCCAGAAGCACAGGCGAGCGGGGGACGGGAUGGCGGCGGCGCCGCCCGACGGGCAGGAGAAGGUGAUCGCGGCGGCGCAGCAGAUCGUCAAGUCGCUCGCCAACUCCAAGAACGCCGCGGACGACAUGAUCCGCAUCCUCUCCGGCUUCGACAACCGCUUCUCCCUCAUGUCCGACCUCUUCCCGGCCGCCGGCGCCCCCGACGCCGCGGCCGGCUCCGAGCCCCUCCCGGAGGGGGAUUACGCGCGGGAGGGGCUUCCCGGCCCCGGCGGCGGCGACGGCUUCGGCGACGACGACGACCUGGAGGACGAGAGGGACGCGGCGGUGGAGGACGCGCUGCGGCUGGUGGAGCAGUGGGACUCCCCCGCGGCCGGGGACCGGCUGGUGUUCGAGUCGCCCGAGGACGCCGAGGAGUACCUCGCCGCGGCCGCCUGCCUCAUGGGCGAGGCCGGCCCGCGCGUCGAGGCCGCGCUGCAGGUCGCCAUGGCGCGCCUCGAGGAGGAGUUCCGCCAGCUGCUCAUCCGCGGGACCGCCUCGCUCGCCGCCGAGGACCUGCACGCGUCCCUCCUCCGCCGCCUCUCGCUCACGGUGCCCACCUUCCACUCCGCCUCCUCCGUCGACCUCGACUGCCCCUCCUUCGCCAGCCACGCCGACGAGGGCGACGAGUCCUCCGCCGCGGGCAGGUGGAGCUCCGCCUCCGACGGCGAGAUCUCGCCCUACCUCAUUUCCCCCGACACCGUCAGCACCCUCAAGGACAUCGCGGACGUCAUGCUGCGCGCCGGCUAUGGGCCGGAGCUCUGCCAGGUCUACAGCGAGGUGCGCCGGGACACCCUCAUGGAGUGCCUCGCCGUGCUUGGGGUCGACAAGAUGAGCCUGGAGGAGGUGCAGCGCGUGGAGUGGGGCGUCCUCGAUGGCAAGAUGAAGAAGUGGAUCCAGGCUCUCAGGGUCGUCGUCCAGGGCCUUCUCGCCGAGGAGCGCCGCAUCUGUGGCCAGAUCCUUGCGGCCGACGCAGAUGCCGAGGAGGAGUGCUUUACUGAGGCGGCCAAGGGGUGUGUCCUGCAGCUGCUCAACUUCGGUGAUGCCAUUGCGAUUGGCAAGAGGUCAUCCGAGAAGCUGUUCCGCAUUCUUGGUAUGUACGAGGCGCUGGCUGAGUUGCUGCCAGAGCUCGAGGCCUUGUUCUCAGGCGAUGCAAGGGAUUUCAUCAAGGAAGAGGCAGAGGGGAUACUGGUCAGGCUAGGGGAUGCGGUGCGUGGCACGGUCGCCGAGUUUGCCAAUGCGAUACGUGGGGAGACUUCUCGCAGAUCACUGCCAGGCGGCGAGAUCCACCCGCUUACACGUUAUGUCAUGAAUUAUGUGCGACUGCUUGCAGAUUACAGCCGCUGGCUGAAUCAUCUUCUUGAUGGUUGCGAGACUGAACUGGAAAAUGGGGGCGACAAUGCGGAUAUGACUCCACUGGGUCACUGUCUGCUCAUACUGAUCACACAUCUAUUGGACAAGAUUGAGGAUAAAGCGAAGCUGUAUGAUGAUGAGGCACUGCAGAACAUAUUUUUGAUGAACAAUCUGUGGUAUGUUGUGCAGAAGAUCAAGGAUUCAGAGCUUAAGAGUUUGCUUGGGGAUAACUGGAUCCGUAAGCGCCGGGGUCAGAUUAGGAGGUACUCUACAGGGUACCUCCGAUCCUCAUGGACCAGGGUAUUAGCUUGCCUGAGGGAUGAUGGGUUGCCACAGACAACAGGUUCAUCGAGUGCACUCAAGGCUGCCCUGAAGGAAAGGUUCAAGAGCUUCAACUUGGCUUACGAGGAGUUAUACAGGACACAGACAGCAUGGAAGGUUGUGGAUCCUCAGUUAAGAGAAGAGUUGAAGAUUUCCAUCUCGGAGAAGGUCCUUCCAGCAUACCGUUCGUUUGUUGGAAGGUUCCGAGGGCAGCUAGAGGGUGGAAGGAAUUUCGCAAAGUAUAUAAAGUACAACCCUGAGGAUGUGGAGAACCAGGUCUCAGAUUUCUUUGAAGGGAAAAAAUUGAAUGCUUGAUCAAACUGUCUAUGUUUGAAGGGAUGUUCAUAUCAAUGUUGGUGGUUACAAAUCCCUGGCAAAAUUUAUUCAGGCAGUGUGCUAGUAACCUGCCCUACCAUCAUGCUUGUGGGGUUCGAAGAUGGAGAAAUCAAUUUUGACUGCUGCUGGAGCAGAAAUAUUGUGAAUGCAAGGCACCCUGGCUGGAAUACUUUGCGUGUCAUCUUUGACUCUUUUUAAGGGGAGUGCUGACAUUGGCGCUUCCACAUGGGAUUUAGGACACUGCGGUGAGCUGUGUAACUGUCAUUAUUACAGUUUACCCUUCUUUUGUUGAUUAUUGACUAUUGUUGGAUGGUCGGUGGUUGGCAUCUUAUGUACAAUUUAUACAGCGGUUAUGUUCACUUUCCCCUUGUUGCAA